GGGAUCGUCGGGAUUCGAACUCAUGAGUUUGUUGUUAAUUAUUUUUAAAAAAACGUACAAACGAGGCCCAAAACUCUGGCUUCGUCUUCGUCUCGGCUUUUUCACUUUGUAGUUUUGUUCACAGCAGAAACAGAAACGGUUUCUUAUUCACAAGAAUUUCCUAAAAUUUUAUGGUCAGAAUUGAAAAAGACGCAGAAAUGCGUCGUGUUCCUAAUUUAUUCUUUUCAGUUAAAAAAAUGAUUAAAUAUUUAUAAACUCUUUAGCUCAUCCUCUUUUCUCUCUUUUCACUUACACGUGGAAUAAAUUUCUUAAACCCUUAAAAACUUCAUAUUUAUACUUAUUCAUCUUUUAUUUAUUUGUUCACUGAAAGCGCCGCUGCUCGUCUUUCUCACACUCAGGGUUAAUAUUUACACCUCCGCUUUUAGGCUAGAUGUAUAAGAAUGACCUUUGACCUCAGGUUUGCACGUCGUUCCCACGCUCAACGUUUAAACAAACCCGUGAACUCAAGCACUGAUGAGAUCACUAUCAGGACCAAGACCUUGAGGUUUAAUCUCAUAAAUAAUAAUUAGUAAUGAUUAAUAAUUGAAUAAUUAAGGUUUCUAUAAUCCAGAAUUUAAAAAAUAAUAAUAAUAAUCAACUAACCCGAAGAUUGUUUGCUGUUUCAGGAAUUUCAAUGCAUGAUAUUAGAGUUAAAACAUAUCAAGAUAAUCACAUAAUUCUUACGAUAAAAGAUUAUUUGCGUGAUUAUUGUGACUAUCUUCAGUUCCGUUUAAGAAGUGUUUAAAGUGUUUAAAGAGCUUUACGGCUGAUCAGGAGUCUGGGUCACCGCUUUCAUCUCAGUAAAUUCGCUCCAGAUUUGCGUUUGUAUUCACACGCAGAUUUAAGAAAAGAUAAAGAUGAUUUUUGAAAACAAACGGAGUUUCUCCUCUCCUCAGGACUUCACUGAUCAUAAAACCGUCAUCAUCAUCAUCAUCGUCAUCAUCAACGUCGUCGUCGUCAUCAUCAUGGAGGACGUUUCAGAGACACGGACUGAAGAUCUGCAGCAGAAACGCGUCUGAUUUCUGAAUUAUAAAUGAUUUGUAAACGGUCAAAUGUUGCCAUUGUGUGAAGACCGCGCUCUGUCGCAGCGAGCCCGAGGAAACCACCGAUUUUGCAAGCGAUGCCACAAUGACACCUCGCAAUCGAGUGGGUUUUGAAACAGACUUCGAAACGCGGAUGAGGACUUCGUUUUAAAAGCCAGAGUCACGCAGCGACGCCGACUCUCUCUGAAGUAAACCAGGAUUAAUUCCCACUCGCUAAAUGGCUAAACCCAUUCCCAUCCCGAUGCUGAACGUCCUCCCGCCGUCGUCGGAUAACGACUCCUGGUCUCCGUCGUCCAGCCCGCUUCCUCGGAGACGCCGGAUUUGGGACGUGACCGGCAAGAAACGCAGAACCCGAGCUCAGGAGGAGGGAGAUCCGAGAGACGGCGACGGGGCCGAGGACAAGAAGAGCGAGAAGACGAAGCGGAGGAGCCGCUCGCCUGUCUGUGUAGAAGGGGAGGGGCUUGUUGAAGAGGAGGCGAGUAACUCCGCCUCCUUUCUCCUGCCUCCGUCUCGGUGCUCCUCUCCGAGCAUCAGGCGGUCUCGGUUGUCGCUACGCCGUUUGCUCGCGAAGGACUCGGACUGCGAAAGCUGCAGCACGGCCAGUAACUCUCCCCGCAGCACUCCGGGCAGUUCUCCGUCUCUACGGCGACGGGUGCUGGGUGGGCGGGCCAGCGAGGGCGAGGGGCAAAAUGAGCGCACUGGAGGGGGCGGAGCUGAAACCUCCUCCUCUUCCUCCUUACUCCCUACACCCUCCUCCUCUACCUCCAACUACCCAAUCAGCUCGCGGCACUUCACCCGCAAUGCCAAGAAAAUGCAAAGCUGGUACAAUGUUCUCAGCCCCACCUAUAAACAGAGGAACGAAGAGUUCCGUAAACUCUUUAAGAAACUUCCAGAAACAGAGCGUCUGAUUGUAGAUUACUCAUGUGCUCUGCAGAAGGACAUCCUGCUGCAGGGACGUCUCUAUCUGUCUGAGAACUGGAUCUGCUUCUACAGCAACAUCUUCCGCUGGGAGACCACUAUCACACUCCUGCUGAAGGAAGUGACGAAUCUGUCUAAAGAGAAAACGGCUAAACUCAUUCCAAACGCCAUCCAGAUCAACACUGAGCAGGAGAAGCACUUCUUCACCUCUUUUGGAGCGAGGGAUCGCAGCUUCUUGAUGAUUUUCAGACUGUGGCAGAAUGCACUAAUGGACAAGACGCUGUCUCCUAAAGAGCUUUGGCACAUCGUACACCAGUGUUAUGGCACGGAGCUCGGGCUGACGAGCGAGGACGAUGAUUACGUCUCUCCCACCGGCGAGCACGUCAACGGCCUGCUGCCGGGUGAUGAUUCCUCCUCCGAUGUGAUGGAUCCAUCCUCAGCCUCGGCAGCGCCCGGAUCUUCUCCUCCAUCCUCUUCUUCCUCUUCCGCUCAGCCCGUGGAGGUUCAGCCGUCCAAACACAGCGCAGAGCAGGAGCCGAGCCCAAAUACGCCCUCCACCACACACUCCACCACACACUCCACCACACACUCCACACACCCCGCCUCCACCACUGCUGCUAUGAAUUCGGAGGAAGGUGGGCAGGACGGUCAAUCAGAACCAACCAAUCAGGUGGCACCGAUGGCUCACGUGUCAUCGCUGGAGAUGACCAACGAUGAGGACCUUCCCACUGACCCGAGCAACUCGUCCGACACGCAGGAAGAGAGUGAGGUGGAGUCGUUCUGUGGUGAUCUGCGAGGUCGGCUCCACAUUAACACGGUGGUGAGGAUGAGUGUGGACAAACUGCACGAGCUGCUCUUCUCUGACACACACUUCCUGCAGCACCUCUUCACCCAGCGCAACUUCACCGAUCUGUCAGUACAGGAGUGGCAGAAAGACAGCAGCAGUGGGAUCAGCACUCGAGUUUUGAGUUACACCAUCGCAAUUAACAACCCCCUCGGCCCUAAAACAGCCCCCGUGGUGGAAACACAGACUCUUCAUAAGAGCAGUUCUCGAGGUGUGUGUUACGUGGUGGACUCGGAGGUGAUCACGUCAGGAAUCCCGUACCAGGAUUACUUCUACACCGUACACAGAUACUGUCUCACCUCCGUCAGCACGCAGAAGAGCCGCCUCAGGGUCUCGUCAGAUAUCUGCUACAGGAAGCAGCCGUGGAGUCUGGUGAAGGCUCUGAUAGAGAAAAACACCUGGAGUGGCAUAGAGGAGUACUACAGACACAUGGAGGCGGAGGUGUGUAAGUUGGAGACUCUGCUCCAGUCCGAGGUGUCGGUGGUGUGUGUGGGAGGAUCAGAGGAGGUUAAAGCUCCUCCCACACUGCGCAGGCGCAAACGCACCGGCUCGAAACGUGCAGAGGGGGCAGGGCAUGUGGGCGGAGUCACCGAGCAAGGGGGCGUGGCCCAGAGGGAGCGCAGAGACACAGGCGCACAGUACCUGAAAGUGGGUGAGAGGUGGCGUGGCUCUGCAAACAACAACAGCAUCACUCUCCUGCUCAUCAUCAGCUUCAUUCUGGUGGUUUUGGUAGCUCUGAACAUGAUGCUGUUCUAUAAGCUGUGGUCUCUGGAGCGAGCCGCUCACACACUCGAGACGUGGCACUCAUACUCGCUGUCAGACAGUCCUCUCCCCCAGUCGGCGUCUGAGUGGAUGAAGGUUCUGCAGCUACAGCGUCAGUUCCAUCAGGCUCAACUGAAUAAGUGGCAACAGAUCCUACACUCCUCAGUCACACUGCUCGACCAGAUGAAACAGUCUCUGGAGAAUCUCCACAGAGGAAUAAUCAGAUCUGAGGAACAGGAAACUGUCGCUCCUCCUCCAUCUGAACCUCCAACUCCACCCACAUCAGACACACUGACUGAGCAGUGACACACACACACACUCACACACACACACUCACACACACACACCCACACACACCUUCUGACCGUUCUGUGAUCAGUGGACUGCGAUCAUGUGAUUGGGUAAAAUUACCCAGAAUGCUCAAGCUCUUCCCACUGUGACUAACUGUGAAUGCAGCGCUGCCUUUCCUUGCACGCUACACCCUAAACCCUAAACCCUACACCCUACACGCUACACCCUAAACCCUAAACCCUACAUCCUAAACCCUACACCCUAAACCCUACACCCUACACCCUAAACCCUACACCCUAAACCCUACACCCUACACCCUAAACCCUACAGUCUAAACCCUACACCCUACACCCUAAACCCUACACCCUAAACCCUAAACCCUACACCCUAAACCCUACACCCUAAACCCUACACCCUACACCCUAAACCCUACAGUCUAAACCCUACACCCUAAACCCUACACCCUAAACCCUAAACCCUACACCCUACACCCUACACCCUAAACCCUACAGUCUAAACCCUACACCCUACGCCCUAAACCAUAUGCCCUACACCCUACACCCUACACCCUACAGUCUAAACCCUACGCCCUAAACCAUACGCCCUACACCCUAAACCCUACACCCUACACCCUAAACCCUACAGUCUAAACCCUACACCCUACGCCCUAAACCAUACGCCCUACACCCUACACCCUACAGUCUAAACCCUACGCCCUAAACCAUACGCCCUACACCCUAAACCCUACACCCUAAACCCUACACCCUACACCCUACACCCUAAACCCUACACCCUAAACCCUACACCCUAAACCCUACGCCCUACACCCUACACCCUAAACCCUACACCCUAAACCCUACACCCUAAUCCCUACACCCUAAACCCUACAGUCUAAACCCUACAGUCUAAACCCUAAACCCUAUGCCCUAAACCAUACGCCCUACACCCUACACCCUAAGCCCUACACCCUACACCCUAAACCCUACAGUCUAAACCCUACACCCUACACCCUAAUCCCUACACCCUACACCCUACACCCUAAACCCUACAGUCUAAACCCUACACCCUAACCCCUAAACCCUACACCCUAAACCCUACAGUCUAAACCCUACACCCUAAACCCUACACCCUAAACCCUAACCCCUACACCCUACACCCUAAACCCUAACCCCUACACCCUAAACCCUAACCCCUACACCCUACACCCUAAACCCCAAACCCUACACCGUACACCCUACACUCUUAAUCACUAAAGCAAUAAAUCAGUGGUGGUUUGGGACAGAGCCAAACUGUUCACUCCUGAAUCACUGUUACACAAACGUGUGUGUGUGUGUGUGUGUGUGUGUGUGUGUGUGAAUUUUACAGAAUACUGUCUCUCUCUUCCUUCUUUUGUCUUCCUUUUUUCCCCCUUUCUCUGAUUCACUCCCUCUCUUUUCUUUUAUUUCUCCCUCUCUCUCUCUGCUUCUGGCUCGUUCUCUUCAUCUCUCUCUCUCCCCCUCUCUCUCUCUCUCUCUCCCCCUUAACCCUCUCCCUCCUUCUUUGUGAGUAAUCUGUCUGUCCACACACACACACACACACACACACACACACACACAAACAAACAAACAAACAAACAGUUUUAAAUGGAAGAGGCGGGCCCUCAUUCUUCAGAGCUUCUUCCUGUUUAUCUGGGGUCAGAGGUCACAGACUCCGCCCCCUCCUCAUCUACAGACUGACGUUCAUCAUCGUUAAAUGAUUACCCAGAAUGCUCAGCUGCGACACGCUUCAGUUUUUCUGCUGAACGAAUGGAACUUGAGAGACGGUGCAAUCGACCGGUUCAGUAUUUAUUUCUCUGACUGAAUGAAAAUCUCGUCAUGUGUGUGUGUGUGUGUGCGCGUGUGUGAGUGUGUGCGUGUGUGUGUGUGUGUGUGUGUGUGAGCGACGAGAAGCAGGAUCACGACCACGACAGCAAUAACCAUGACGGGGAAAUGUGUGAUAUUUAUCAUGAAACGCAGAGCUGCCUGUACGAGUGAUGUAAAAACACUGUUACUCUUAGCAACAGGGUCUGAAAUUAACUCCGCCUCCUGACACAGCGUCCGUUAAAACAAUCCGUUAAUAACCGCACCGAAAUAAGUGUCAAAAAUGGAUUUGCAUAACCCCGCCCACAAGAGCGACACGACAAAGAGCUGCAAGCUUACGUACUGUAUCUGCGCUUGUCCAGAAAACGAAAGUCACAGAUACAAGAGCAGGCAUUUAUAUCGUUAAUUAUUUUAUAUCUGAAGGGAAUUCAAUCCUCCAGGCCACUAGGAGGCGCUGCAGCAGAAAUCUGAUUUUUUUUUUUUUUUUUUUUUUUACAGUUUCUGACGUUUAUUAACAUGUCCGUAAAUGUUAAUAAACAUUUUAAUACAUUUAAAAAUAAAUAUACGGACUGUAUUAUGACACGGACAAGAAUUUCUACAGUGAGACAAAAGUUCAUUUCAGACCUUGUUUUUUUUUUUUUUAUUUUUGUGUUUCUCUCUCUCUUUCUCUCUUUCUCUUAGUAUUAUAUUUAUUUGACGUUAAGUUGGCGAGUGCGUCCGAGUCGCUCGGCGUCUGCACUCUUCCGUCAUCAUCGUUGUAUUUUAUUGGAUCAAGACUUGAAGUGAUCAGGGUUACUGUAGACCUGCAGGCGUGUGCCGAUCAUCGGUUAUACGAUACGUCGCGAUAUUCAACCAGAAAUAUUGUCGCGUUCUGUUUCUCCAGUGCCGGCAGGAUUUACGCCUCGGUUCUGCGGACAGCUAGAGGCGCGAGAUCUUCUUCAUAACCGAACGUCUGAUUAAAGACAUGGCGCGUACGCUGAAUCUGAUCUUUUACAGCGAAAUACUUUAAAGCAAUAAAUACUUUCAUUCUGAAAUAUUCUCCCUUUAUCAUAAAACUUUGUUAAACAUUAAAUAAAAGAUGUCGAUUAAACAACAGCAGGCAGGAAAUCGGAUUCCUUUUUCGACUCAAAAGCAGCUUUAAAACAAAAAAACAGAAUUUGUGUUUAGAUUGUUAAAUUAAAUUAAAAUUAUUUAUAAUAAUAUUAUAAUAAUUAUUAAAUUAUUUAAUUUGCAUGUGAUUGUAUUUAACAUAAUUUCAUUAGAUAAAUGUUAAAAAAAUUAAGACAUUUUUACUGAACUGAAAGUGUGAUAAGCCCCGCCUCUUCGCUGUGUUUAACCAAUCACAGUCGUUUCUCUCGGCAGGUCUGCUCUGAUUGGCUGCUGGCAGCCAUAAGUGAGAGAGAGGGUGAGAACGAUCGUAUCUGCGCUGCACGUUAACAGCGUAGCCGCAGCGAAACGAUAAAAAGCAAACGAAACGUCUGGAAAAAUGUCCAUCACCGGGAAAUCCUCACGAGAUUUCUUACGCAGAAAAGUUACAAAGUUAGAAAAGUAUUUAAAAGCAUUUGAGCAAUAUUAAUAAGCUAGCUUCGAUUUUGUUCACUGUCGCUGUUGCCCCCCCCCCAUGAAUACAUUUUGGUGUCAUGGUUCGAAAUGUACAAUAUCAUAAAAACAGAACUGUAAAAUAUCAUAAAAUGUAAAAUAUCGUAAAAAAAUAACGCUGAUAUCAUAAACCAUGAUAAUGCACCGUAUAAACGUAUCGGCACACGCUUGCUGUAGACUCGACCAUCCGAAAGUACACACACACACACACACACACACACACACACUCUCUCUCUCACACACACACACACACACACACACUCUCACACAUUUUAAUAUUUAUGUUACUGUUUAAACACUGAGGACCAAACGGAGCUCGGGCUCAGAGGGACGUCCCCCCGCUGUGCGUCUCUCUGUGUUUCACACUUUGUGUUGUUUUUGUACAAUUUUAGCUGCUGUGUGUGUUGUGUAUUUUUUUUUAGCGACAAUGUCUGUUACUGCUGUUCCUCAUCCUGCACUCCUCCUUUCACAUCACUCUUUUACUCAUCCCUCCUUCCCUCUCUCUCUCUCUCUCUCUCUCUCUUUCUCUUUCUCUCUGUUGUAUUUAUUUGCGUUAGUGUGAUGGAGGAAGUGCGAUUUUGCUGUAAAGAUCUGUUUUGGAUGGAAAAACAAAUAAAACUAGAAACUUUAGGAAAAUAAAGAA